CGUCUGUAGCGCGCGCCGCGGCACACGGUGGGGGCGGGCAGGGCAGAGCUGUGUCCUGCACAGGGGGCUGUUGACCUCAACGUGCUCACACUGGCGCCCCCACCCCCAAACUGUUCCCAGCAAUUGCUGCGGGCUGGAGCUGGGACCCAUUGACUUCCUUCCUCGCAGCCCCGCUUCCUUGCAAAGCCGCACUGAGCCAGCGACCCGAGGGACUCGCAGCUCUCCUUUCCGAGGCGAUCACAUUUCCAUUGCUUUUCACGCGAAUCAGGACAGGUGCACGUUAUCGUCCUGUGGCCAAGCUCCAUCUCAGCAGUUUGGCCUUCCUCUUACAGCGGAUUUCACCAGGCCGGUGGUGGAUGGUCUGUGUGCACUGGGAGCCUUCUCCCAAACGCAUGAACUACACGUGCCACUGGCAGCUGGAGGGGCAUGGCGGCGCUGGUGGCAGCAGUAAGCGGGGAGCUCCUCCAGAUGCUGCUGGUGCUGUCAGCAACAGGCUGGGGAGGAGAGAGGGGGUGGCGAGCACACACCAGGGGUCAGCGACCACCUGCAGAUGCUGCCAACAGCAUUGGCGGCAGCCAGCGGUGAUUGCUGGCUGCCCACAGACACGGCCGCAGUGUUGUUGCGGUGGGGGGGAAGGGGGGCGGUGGCAAUGUUAGCAGUGGCUAUUUGUAGGGGUUGUACCACCACAUUCAUGGUGCACAUGCGCCCCCUACGUAUCGCUAAUGCCCAAACAUGAUUUUUGUCAUGUGGACACAGGAAAAAUGGAAGGUGGACAACUGCCCUGAGAACCCAUGCCAUGACCAGAUGGUCUUUUUCAACUGUUGCAUAGUUUUUUCUCCCUGGGGUGCAGUUUUUGGCUCAGGUGCACAAUAGGGUGUCUCCCCCCUCUUUCUAGUACAUCUCAACCCCAGGACGUCCAUUGUUUCUAAAGUGGAGCCUUAUAUUAGUGACUUGAUGGUUCAAAGGAAAGGGUAACAUGAAUAGCUAGUUGUUCACUAACAGCAAACAGGGAAGUUCCUACAAUCCGUAGGUCUCAUGUGGUUCUCGAGCCUGAAACCUGCCAAUUGCCGAGACAAAUGUCCAAACCAAAGGGUGACCAUAUGGGACGAUAGGAAAUCUUGGAUGCUGCCUCUGACCCACCUCCAAGUGGGUGGUGCUGCUGCAGACAGAGGCAGAGUGGCAUGGUGUGCCAGGCAGGGGGGCAGCAGCAGUGCCUGCCUGCCAAUCUGGUGCCCCAUGGCACUCUGCCUCCCUGCUGGACCGUGCCCCGCACCCUGUGAUUCUGGGACUGACUUCAGUUUUCGCCAACCCGCUGGGUCCAGCGUAUGAAAUCCAGGACUGUCCUGGCCAAACAAGGACACAGUCACCCACCAAUGCAUCAUUUUAUCCCUGUUAGGAAGAAACCUAUUCCUUUGCCAGUCAUAGUCCAUGGAUUUCUACCAACUGACCUGGCAGGGGAAAUUCCAUGACCAAGGUGAUGCAAUUAAAAUAGCACUGCGCAGUGGAGUGCUGCACCCUUGUCUGCUUGCGGACAGGACUCCCUACGAAAGCUUCAUAGUUAGCUUACCACUGGCCAGCUUCCAGUGGGAGGAUCUUGGCUACAUGUUGACUGUAUGGAAAUGGGAGACUCCUCCCUAGCUGCUUCUGUGGCCAUGUGGCUAAGGGCAAGCGAAACUUGGGGGCAUCUGAACCCCAAGCCUCCAGGCUUGGGCUUGCACAUAGGAUGCUUGCCAAAGGAUUUGGAAGUAUCUGAAACCCCAGGCUGGGGUGGACGAUACUUGCUGACAGCAGGGCCACAUAUGGUUGAAAUGAUUAAACAGAUUAAAUGGUUUAAAUGAUUCAAACGGAUUUGGACCUGAUCUGGCUAAUUUGACCUGAGACAUGAAAAAAUUUCCUUAAAAAAAAGCACAACAAAAAAAACAACAAAAACAACUCCCCCCCCCCCCCAACUUUAUGUAUGUUAAAAUUGACCUUCAGCCUUGAAAAAUCAUUGCAUUUUGUGGCAACAUUGCUUUCCAAUAGGCUGUCAUUUUUUUUAUGGUAGUACAACACUGUGCCUUUGGUGGAGAAGCUUGUUCAGGUGGAUUCAUUAAAAAAGUGAAACAGAAGAUGUAAAUCUUUCAAGGAAUGUAAUUUCAAGAUAUAAAUAGAACCAAUGCAACAGCUCUUAUGAGCUCUAUGAGACUAGGUCCCAAAAGGAAAGGCUGAAAAGGAGGUUAAAAGUUUUCACAACAACCUCAGGAAUAGAUUGUGCCAAGUGGUUGUGGUCAUUAUCUUCAGGCUUUUCAUUGUCUCUAUGGAAUCACAUCUAGAAGUUUUUACCUGUUUACUGCCCAAGAAUUUGUUACAUACCAGAUCUGAGCGUGAAAAUGAGAAUGCAUGAACCUUCUACUAUUGGCUAUCAGUUGUAGGCGAGCAAAAUUUAAAUUGAUUUCUUGGGGGUGUAAUUACAACCUGAAAAACACCAUAAAAACCAAAUGGGAGAAACCUUCAGCAGGAAGAAGGAAAGGCCACAAUCAGCCUAUUUCAUUUGGUUUCAUAAUCUGCAAUUUUAUGUGACAAAUGACUUUACUAUGCAAUGCAAAGAGCAGCUAAGUGAAAAGUCUUAAUAUAGCACCAAGUUGUUUGCUAAAUUAUAUCCAAAUAAUGUCUGAACUUAUCUUGUGAGCAUUGUCCCAAAAUUGUUGGCGGAACUCAUUGUUUUUGUGCAUCCUAAACAUGAGAGCAGCUGAGAAUAACAGUGGGAUGGAUGCUAGAUGUCUGUAGGCAGAAGACGUGAGUCAAAACGGAGCCUCCCUCUCUUAAGCUAAACGGUAGCAGACAUGGAUCUGCAGGACCAGCCACAAACAUGGUCAAAUAUUGGCUCUAAAAUAAGCAUACAGGAACAUGUCACUACAAACUACAUUUUCAUGGUGGAAAUUGCCUUCUCAGCAGUGUUUUGGAGGGUAGGGGUAUUGGCAGCAGGGAUAUGAGCUGCAGUGGAAAUAGGGAGCAAAAGCUAAAGGCUAAAUGCUGCAAGAUCUUUACCAAUCAAAGGGAACAUGCAGUUUUAGAAAGCAGAACAAGCUUUUUUCUCUGAAGUAAUUUCUUCUCAGCAAGGACAAAUACACUUCCCUACCUCAAACAGAAAAGAAUGAGGGAAAAACAUUCUAUCUUGAAACUCACUGAAUUUCCACACACCCAGCAUGAGGCUAUAACUUGUGCAGGGGAGCGUGGGAAGGCCAGCUUCAUGAGUGAAACAAAACUCAAUGGAAGAAAUUUGGGAUUUGAAUCUCCAAUAAGCCAAGGCAGAGGUCCAAAGGAGGACCUACGAUAUGAAGAAAAAAUGUUGGGAAGACAAGGCUAAGGAGAUUCAACAUCUUGCUGACAACCAUAAUAUGCGUGGUUUCUUCAGUGCCACCAAAACCAUCUACAGUCUGAGUGCUCAGGGACCAACCCCUUUGAGACCUAAGAAUGAAGGAGACUUGAUCAAGAAAAGGGGAGCCAUUAAUGCCCAUUGGAAGGAGCAUUUUGAAGACCUUCUCAAGUGACACCAUGCUGUUGAUGAAAGUCUUCUCAACUCCGUCCUGCAACACCCAGUCAGAGAUGAGCUCGGAAUCCCUGCAACCCUUGACGAAGUGAGGAAAGCCAUCAAGCAGAUGAAGAAUGACUAGGCAUCUGAAGUGGAUGGAGUCCCUGUGGAAAUCUUCAAGCAGGGGAGAGAAGAGCACACAUUACAGCUUUAUGCCCUCAUCUUAAGGAUCUGGAAUGAUGAGGAAAUCCCAGAUGACCUCAGGGUGCCAUUACUGUGACAGUCUUCAAGAAAGGAGGCAAGUCUUACUGGAAAGUACAGAGGGAUUUCCUUGCUGUCUGCCACAGGAAAGAUCAUUAUGAGAACUCUCCUGAACCAUCUCCUUCAACUUGCUGAAGGGCUCUUCCUGAAAUCUCAGUGUGGGCUUAGGGCAUCAAGAGGCACACACAACUGACAUGAUCUUCACAGCUCACUAGCUGCAGAAGAAAUGCCAGGAACAACAUAAGCUUCUCUAUAUGGCCUUCCUUGACCUCACAAAAGCUUUUGACUCUGUCAGCCAAGAAGUGUUGUGGAUGAUCCUUCUGAAGUCCGGAUGCCCACUGAAAUUUGUCACCAUUCUCUGCCUGCUCCAUGCCAGUAUACAAGUGGUGGUUCUCAGUAAUGGAUCUAUCGCAGAACCCUCUGCAGUUAAAACAGGAGUUAAGCAUCAUCACUCCACCACUCUUCUCAAUAUUCCUUACCACGAUGUUACAUCUGACCACCAACAAGCUGCCAGCCAGAGUGGAGCUAAGCUAUGAAAUGGAUGGUAAGGUGUUUAAUCUCAGCCAACUCCGAGCCAAAACCAAGACCUCCGUGACCUCAGUCAUUGAGCUCCAGUAUGCUGAUGGUGCUGUAGUGUGUGCUUACUUGGAAGUAGACCUUCAGGCAAUCAUCAACAUCUUUACUGAGGCAUUCAAGAAAAUAGGACUGACCUUUAACAUUCAGAAGACUAAGGUCCUCCACCAACCAGCUCCUAAUGAACAGUCCAUAGCUCUGGUAAUCAAGAUCCAUGGUGAGACUCUGGAGAACAUUGACUGUUUCCCAUAUCUUGGAAGCCAUCUCUCUCAGAAGGCUGACAUGAACAAAGAAAUGCAACAUUGCCUCAAAUGUGCAAGUGUAGCCUUUGGCCACCUAAAGAAAUGGGUAUUCAAAGAUUGCAACAUCAGAUCCAAAACCAAACUUAUGGUUUAUCAAACAGUCAUGAUCCCACCUUGUACGGAGCUGAGACAUCGUACAGGAGACAUCUAAAGUUGUUAGAAAAAUAUCAUCAACACUGCCUGUGGAAGAUUCUCCAAAUCCAGUGGGAAGACAGAUGCACCAAUGUUAGUGUCUUCCUGCAAGCAAACACCACAAGUACUGAGGCAAUGAUCAUCCAAAAUCAACUUCAUUGGGCCACCCAUGUCAUCUAGAUGUAUGACUCCAGACUCCCAAAGCAAGUUUUUUUUCUCUCAGCUCAACCAAGGGAUACACUCAAGAAGAGGGCAGAGAAAUCAUGUCAGGGAUGUCCUCAAGGCUAACUUAAAAAAAAUGCAACAUUGAUGUCAACUCAUGGGAGACUAGCACCCCAGGACAACCCUAAAUUCUGCAAGGAUUUCAGUACUUUGAAACCUCAUAACAACAGCAGGAGAUGGAAAAGUAGGAAUGGCAGAAACAGCAUGUUGGUGGACCAAAUCAAGAAUCCAGCGCCACCCACUCCACACAGAAACACAUGUCUGAGCUGCAGUACAGUCUGUCAAAGUUCUACAAAGAAAGACCUGUAUUGGGUCAGGAGGAGUUUGAACAUAAAACCCUGGGAUUCCAAUGAGUUGUGUAUCUGGAAAACCAGAUUACACUCAAAAGUCUUGAUUGCUUUACCAAUAACUAUCUUGGAAGCUGUGGCUUCUUGGGUUUUAGAUUGCAGCCUAUCAUUAGUCUAGCAUCUGGGAUGCUUUUGUUAGUAAUUGCAUAGCAGAGGCUGGUGGUCAAGGUGGAAGAGGUUGAUGCCAGAGAAAGCAAUCCAUCUGUGAGGGCCCAUCACAAGCAGUAGAGAAAGAGAAAGAAUUUUGAUUAGGAGUAGUUGGUCUUGGGGAUAGGCAUUGCCCCAUCAAAACCACCCAUUCUCACUAAGAGGUUCUAGACCCAGGACUUAUUAGCUUCUUCUUUGGUGAUGGUUUUUGUUUUUUUAUUUGUUUUUUUGCUCCCUGUCUACAGAAGCAGCUUGGCCCAUAGGUUUCUUCAAAGAAUAAAUUAAACUAAGAUAAUUUGGUGUUCAUAGGAUCAUAGCAAAGUAGGUCUAGAAGGGACUUCCGAAGGUCAUCUAGUCCAGCCCCAGGCAAGCGUCCAUCUAACCUGCUCUUGACAACUUCCAAGUGUUGGGUACUACCACACAACCUCUUGCUAACUUUUUUAAUGUACAGUGAUCCUUGGCUCACUCCUGAUUCAAAGGACCAAAUGGUGAACACUAAGAUCUAGAGCAUUUGGAUUUGAUUAUUCCACAGGGUUAUUGAGAGAUGCUAUAAAUGAAUAUUUGCAAAGUGUUUUGAAGUCAAGAAAGAUCUAUUUUAAUUGAACUAUGAAAGUGCAUAUCAACCAUACUGAAUUGUCACAAGCAGGGUGCCAUUUGAGCAAGCUCAUGCCAUCUUAAAGAAUGGGCUCUUUUUGUAGACUGUCAUCCUGUGUUCCAGAAUCCUAAUAUUUCACUUUUAGUAUUCCUGAAAUGAAACAAUUGAAUUUGUCAAGCUGGAUUCACAAGAAGACUUGUGUGCCAUUCACAAAAUGGAGAAAGUAAUGUCCCACUUACAUUCAAUUAGUUACAGCAUGUAGGGGGGCUUGGUUCAAACACACUUUAUCUUAACUUGGAGCAAGAGCUGAACGCAGAUCUCCUACCUCCCAAUUCAGUGCUGUAACGUAUUUUGGAGUGGAUCUAUCUCAAUCUGUCUUGUUGAGGUGUUCUGUUCUGCAUAAAUUAUUAAUUGUCUGUUAAGCCAGUGAGUAAGAAUGGCAAUGAUGCCUAAUGGAUAGGGGACCUCAUGGAGAAUGGGCUCCUGGGUGGCAGUCCUUGCUCUAGCGGACAUUUAAGCAUUUUUACAAGGCAUUCUAUACAUUUUAUCCAGAGUUUUGAGGAAGAUCCAAGUUCAAGAAGCUCAGCAGAAGCUCAUGUGAAAUGGAUGGGAAUCAAGCCCAGGAAACCUGACAGAGCCUCUACACCUCAAAGCCUGUAAGCCUCAGAAGCCCAUUGAAACAUUCAGACCCCACCAAGGGGGAGCCAGUCUCAUGGAGCUUAGGCGAGCACAUAUGAUUGAUUAUAUUUGUAGGGCUAUUCAGUCUAAGUGGCAUUGCCAUUUCUUGGCUCUGCUUUGUGGGGCUUGUGCUGUGGUAGAGUCUGGAAGACUAGUGCUUCACCCUGCCCCUCCCUCUUGUCACAACCCAAGGGUGUGAUUUUGUGUGCGCGCGCUUCGGCACUGCUAAAUUAUUUCCCGCCACGAGGAGCUUUCUUUGCAGGGUGCAUUUCUCAGUUGCAAAGAGAAAACCCCGGUGCAAAGGAGUUCCCGCCACCCGCAUGCAAAUUUGUGUUCCACUAUUGGCCAGUUCUUAAUUAUUCCCACGUGGCGGCUAGCGAUUGGCUUGCUAGCCGUAUAAGAGGCUUGAGCGGUUUCCGUCCAAGUUGGAGGACUCCACAACCAUCUGGAGGAGGAGGACUUCACAUCUCGUGAAGAACUCUAAGCGCUGCAGAGCCUAACGGACCCAGUGUGUACCUUAAGAAGGCUAUAGGGGUCUGAUCAACCUCUGGCCUCUCCCCAUUGCCAAGCGCGAUCCCUCGACGAACCCCUUCCCUGCGUGCAAGUUCCACGGGGCCUAGCAAACUUUGUGUGAGAGUAUCCAGAGCUCUUCUCCAAGUUGUUUUCUUCGGUUGACACGACAGGCUCGCAUUUUUAGAGCCUUCAGCCGGCUUGGGCUAGAGUUUGCGAGUUUAGAACUCUUGUCCGCUUUUCUUCUUUCCUAUCUGUAACUGCAACUCAAGCAAGUUUUCCUGCCUGCACCGCGACCAUCUACGGUGUAAGUAAAAUAAUCUUUAAUCGACCGCUACGCGUCCGUGCCUAAUUCUAGCCCGCCAGCCUGCAUUCCCCGACCUGCGUGCCAGGGCUGCUGGCCACAGCCCGCCGCGCGCCCCCGAGGGCCUCAGACCGCUCCCGGCCCGCACAUGGCGACAAGGAUGGGAUCAGGGGAAGGCACGCUGGAGCUAGAAUUAGUUAAGAACUGCCCUUGGUGCAGUGGAAAAUGCCAAGUAGAAAACUUUAUGGAACUGGAGGCGCAUAUCGCUUACCACCAGGCGGGCGGAACAGGUGAGAGGUUUAUCAGCGGACGCCUUUCGCUGAAGGGAGAAGAGGGAGCUUCCGAAGACGGAGCCCUGAGAGAGAGGGAAGUGUAUCUGCACCCCACGGCAUUCGGGUGUAUAAUGGGUGAUGAGCGGGUCCUGUUCAGGCCCCUCGACACUGUGUCCCUCGCCAGAGUCAACCUGGCGGGUGCGGUGAACCCAACCCUCACCCGGGAGUGUGCCCGUUGCCUAAGAUGUGCUUGGGAGAGCGAAGAACCGGUGCCGAUCGACCGGUUCGCCCCCUUUAUGCUGGCAUCUAGAUUAAGGGGUUGCGAGCUUCCAUCCAAGCUCCACGAAGAUCUGGAGACGGAGGAACGCGCCACGGAUGAGAGGGUGGCCCCACAAUACGACAAGGGGGGAGUGCUAACUGCAACUUUUCGCACUGUAACCGAUUUGAUGCAGAAGAAUUUAAGUUUGAAAGCCCAGCUGCGUAUGGCCUUUCAAGCGGUCAAAGAAGCGGCUGCAAAAAAGAAUCCUGAAACGCCACGACAAGAUGGCGCUGAGCAAGAUGGAGACCGCGUGGAAGAACUGGAAGAGAAGGGUGGAGCUUCGGAGGAACCCGCGAGAGUUCGGCUGGCGACUCCACCCACCGACGCAGCGUCGCUUCCGGCGACCCCGCCCACCAACGCAGCGUCGCUUCCGGCAACCACGCCUUCAUGCCGACGGAAGGGAGAAUCGAGCGGAGGAGUGCAUCCGCCCCUCCUGCCUGAAGUAAUAACAGCAAUGACUCCCGCAGUAGUAGUUCAGCCUGUAACAACAUCGACUCCCGAAAGAGCAGCUCGUCCUGUAACAACGAUCAACCCAGUGACUGAUGCACAAGAUGCCGCCACCAGUCACAUUCAUGCUUGGACGGAGUUACAGGAGCUGUACAGAGAAUCUGAAAUUGAAUCUGACGAGGCUAUAGUCUCAUGGCUGGAACUCAUGUCCAUUGAGUUUGAGCUUGACUAACCGCCCUAUUGUGUGUGGAAACUUUGUAAAUAUUUUGUUAUACAUUAACUUAUUUUUUGAGAGUUUUGUUCACAGAUCCGGAAUUCAAAGUGCGUGGCGAAGAGAAGCCCCAAGAAGGAUAACAUCAUCGGAAGAAGUGAAAGCUUGACACGCGACUUCGCCAUGACGCCCACUGAAGCCCUGAUCGUGCAGUUCUUUGUUGUGAAUCUGAUUAUGUGUAUAUGUAUUUGUGCUGGUUAUUAUUUGAUUCGCUCCCUAGAGGACGAACUUCUUAUGUUAGCGAAUUUUGUGUUUACCCGUUUAGUUCAACAACCCGUGGUAAGAGCUCUCGAUAACCCAAGUGACGAGCGUGUGGUUUAAUUCAGCUGUGCCUUCAGCAAGGGGGGAUGUCACAACCCAAGGAUGUGAUUUUGUGUGCGCGCGCUUCGGCACUGCUAAAUUAUUUCCCGCCACGAGGAGCUUUCUUUGCAGGGUGCAUUUCUCAGUUGCAAAGAGAAAACCCCGGUGCAAAGGAGUUCCCGCCACCCGCAUGCAAAUUUGUGUCCCACUAUUGGCCAGUUCUAAAUUAUUCCCACAUGGCGGCUAGCGAUUGGCUUGCUAGCCGUAUAAGAGGCUUGAGCGGUUUCCGUCCAAGUUGGAGGACUCCACAACCAUCUGGAGGAGGAGGACUUCACGUCUCGUGAAGAACUCUAAGCGCUGCAGAGCCUAACGGACCCAGUGUGUACCUUAAGAAGGCUAUAGGGGUCUGAUCAACCUCUGGUCUCUCCCCAUCGCCGAGCGCGAUCCCUCGACGAACCCCUUCCCUGCGCGCAAGUUCCACGGGGCCUAGCAAACUUUGUGUGAGUGUAUCCAGAGCUCUUCUCCAAGUUGUUUUCUUCGGUUGACACGACAGGCUCGCAUUUUUAGAGCCUUCAGCCGGCUUGGGCUAGAGUUUGCGAGUUUAGAACUCUUGUCCGCUUUUCUUCUUUCCUAUCUGUAACUGCAACUCAAGCAAGUUUUCCUGCCUGCACCGCGACCAUCUACGGUGUAAGUAAAAUAAUCUUUAAUCGAC